AUGCUCUGGGGGGCCCUCGUCUGGGCUGGCUGCCUCCCUGACCUGGCCGGGGGGUCACCGAGCUUCACUCUGGGGGUGUUGGGCCCCUGGGACUGUGACCCCAUCUUUGCGCAGGCCUUGCCUGGCGCGGCAGCCCAGCUGGCAGUGGACCGAGUCAACCAGGACCCGACCCUGGUGCCAGGCAUGCGGCUGGAUGCCGUGGUCCUUCCCACGGGCUGCGACACCUCUGGGGCCCUGGCCACGUUCCUGACCCACAAGGACACCGUGGCUGCCUUUGUGGGCCCCGCCAACCCCGGCUACUGCCCCGCAGCAGCCCUGCUGGCCCGAGGCUGGGGCAAGAGCCUCUUCUCCUGGGCGUGUGGCUCGGUGGAGGGGCCGCGGGAGCUGGUGCCCACCUUGCCCCCCGCUGCCCACGUGCUGCUCUCUGUUCUGAGGCACUUCGGCUGGGCUCGCGUGGCCAUUGUGUCCUCCCGGCAGGACGUCUGGCUGGCCACUGCCCAGCAGCUGGCCACGACUCUCAGGACGCUCGGGCUGCCUGUGGGGCUGGUCACCGCCCUGGGGCCCGGGCAGGAGGGGGCCCCAGAAGUCCUGCAGCAGCUCUGUGGCGUGGAUGGCCUGAAGAUCGUGGUCCUGGUCAUGCACUCGGCGCUCCUGGGGGGCAUGGAGCAGACCGCCCUGCUGGGCCAGGCGUGGGCCCGAGGCCUAGGGGAUGGGAGGCUGGUCUUCCUGCCCUACGACACCCUGCUUUUCGCCUUGCCCUACCGCAACCGCUCCUACGCGGCGCUGGCCCCCGGCAGCCCCCUGCGUGAGGUCUACGAUGCAGUGCUCACCGUCAGCCUGGAGGCGGGGCCCACGGGGGCCCGUGGGGUUUCAGAAGAUGCCAGCGCCCCUGGAGAGGGUCCUGCCAGCCUGGAGCCCGAGCAGGUGUCUCCCCUCUUCGGAACCAUCUACGAUGCUGUUGUGCUGCUGGCUCAUGCCCUAAACCGUUCUCAGAGCCUCGGGUCGGAGGUCCUCGAAGCCCACUUAGGGGAUCACACGGGGGCUCUGGAUGUGGCUGGCUUUAGCCAGAGGAUCCGGACUGACGAGAAAGGCAGAAGGCUGGCACAGUACGUCAUUUUGGACACAGAUGGUCAAGGAAGCCAAAUGGUCCCCACUCACAUCCUGGACACAGAAUCCUGGCAAGUGCAGCCCCUCGGGAGGGCCAUACACUUCCCUGGAGGGGGCCCCCCAGCCCGGGACUCCAGCUGUUGGUUUGAUCCCAAUACACUAUGCAUAAGAGGCACGCAGCCACUGAGCAGCGUCCUGGCUCUGGCCCUGGCCUGUGUCCUGAUGCUGUCUGGGGGGGCCCUCACCUGCCUCAUCAGGCUCGGCAUCCACCAGUUGAGGCUGGCAUGGGGCCCACACAGGAUCGUGCUGAGCACGGAGGAGGUCACCUUUGUCCAUCGGCCCCCUAGCAGACGGAGGCUGCACAUGGACAACGCUAGCGAGUCAAGGAGCGCGGCAGAUGGUGGGAGCCUGAGAUCGGCGACCCAGGGGUCCGCAAGGAGCCUGCCAGCCCCCCAGGAGCCGUCCAAUGUGGCCUUAUACCAGGGCGAGUGGGUGUGGCUGAAGAAGUUUGACAUGGGCACAGUCCCCGAGCUUCGGCCCAGCUGCCUGGGCCUCCUGAGAAAGAUGCGGGAGCUGAGGCAUGAGAAUGUCACCACCUGUCUGGGCUUCUUCGUGGCCCCUGGGCUCAGCGCUGUGGUGCUGGAGUACUGUGUGCGGGGGAGCCUGGAGGAGCUGCUGCGGAACGAGGCCCUACGGCUAGACUGGACCUUCAAGGCCUCCCUGCUGCUGGAUCUGAUCCGAGGCCUGCGUUACCUGCACCAUCGCCACUUCCCUCAUGGCCGCCUCAAGUCCAGGAACUGUGUGGUGGAUGGGCGCUUCGUCCUGAAGGUCACUGACUACGGCUACGGGGGGCUCCUGGAUGCUCAGCGUGCUCCCCGCACUCGCUUGGCCCCGGAAGAGCUGCUGUGGACGGCCCCCGAGCUGCUGCGGGAGACGGGGGUGCCGGGGCAGGGCACCCUCAAAGGAGACGUCUUCAGCCUCGGCAUCGUCCUGCAGGAGGUGCUGACACGCAGCCCCCCCUACAGCUCCUGGGGGCUCUCCGCAGAAGAAAUCAUCCGGAAAGUGGUCUCCGCCCCGCCCCUGUGCCGGCCAGCCGUGUCUCCCGACCAGGGGCCUCCUGAGUGCAUCCAGCUGAUGGAGCAGUGCUGGGAAGAGGCUCCGGAGGACAGGCCCAGCCUGGACCACAUCUACACCCAGUUCAAAAGCCUCACGCAGGGCAAGAAGACCAGUGUGGCUGACUCGAUGCUGCGGAUGCUGGAGAAGUAUUCCCAGAACCUGGAGGACCUCGUCCAGGAGAGGACAGAGGAGCUGGAGCUGGAGCGGCAGAAGACCGAAAGGCUUCUCUCUCAGAUGCUGCCCCCCUCUGUGGCCGAAACUCUGAAGAUGGGCGCGACUGUGGAGCCGGAGUACUUUGACCAAGUCACCAUCUACUUCAGUGACAUUGUCGGCUUCACCACCAUCUCGGCGCUGAGCGAGCCCAUCGAGGUGGUGGGCUUGCUCAAUGACCUCUACACGCUGUUCGAUGCUGUUCUCAGCAGCCACGAUGUGUACAAGGUGGAGACCAUCGGGGAUGCCUACAUGGUGGCCUCGGGGCUACCUCGGCGCAACGGCAGCCGGCACGCGGCGGAGAUCGCCAACAUGGCCCUGGACAUCCUCAGCUCCGUGGGCGACUUCCGCAUGCGGCACGCACCCGACGUGCCCGUGCGCAUAAGGGCCGGCCUGCACUCAGGGCCCUGUGUGGCAGGCGUCGUGGGUCUCACCAUGCCUCGGUACUGCCUCUUUGGGGACACUGUGAACACGGCAUCCCGGAUGGAGUCCACGGGGCUUCCCUACAGGAUCCACAUCAGCCACAGCACUGUGCAGACGCUGCUCAGCCUCGACGAAGGCUACAAAAUCGACAUCAGAGGCCAGACGGAGCUGAAGGGCAAGGGCGUGGAGGAGACCUACUGGCUGGCAGGGAAGGCCGGCUUCCUCAGGCCGCUCCCGCCGCCGCUGCAGAUCAAGCCUGGGGAGCCCUGGCAGGACCUCAUCAAGCAAGAAAUCAAGGUGGCUUUUGUCAAAGCCCGUCAGGGCCCUCAGGGGCCCGGCAGCUCCCCAGGGCCUUGA